UGCAUAUGUUCAGGGAUCGCAGUUGCUUGUGCACUAUUUGUCUGAUCUCCUCCUCAAUCUCCUCAAUGGACCAAUAAUGGCCAUAGGACUUGUAGCGACAGUGUCUGGCCCAAUACUAGCUACAGCGUCUAUGCCUCUGGGGAAGAGGGAUGGAAAGACAGAAGUUGUUGCCAAUGAUGCUGGAGACAGAACAACACCUACUGCAGUUGCUUUCAGGGACAAUGAAAAAAUUGUUGGUUUGGCUGCCAAGCAAGGAAAAAUGCGUAACCCAGUCAAUACUAUCUUUCAAGUGAAGCAUAUCAUCGGCAGAAAGUUUGAAGAUGAGGUUAUCCAAGGCCUGAAGAGACAGUCACCAUUCAAGGUUGUAGAGAGCAAGGGACUUGCUGGAUUUGAAAUUGAACUCAACAACAAGAAAAACAUUGUUUCUUCUAUGGAAGUGGCUGUCCAUGUUUUGAGGAAGUUAAAAGAAAUUGCGGUACACCAGGGAGGGAAAGAUGUGAAAGACACAGUACUUACAUGUCCAGUUGAAUUUUCUGAUGAGCAGAGAGAAGCAAUCAGGAAAGCUGCUGAAUCUGCAGGUUUCAAUGUACUGCGUUUGAUCAGUGAUCCGUCAGCUGCUGUCUUAGCUUAUGAAAUAGGAGUGACAAAACCACAUGAUCCAUGCAAUGCUUUAGUGUACAGGUUAGGAGGGUCAUCGGUUAGUGUCUCUUUGGUGAACAUUACAAAUGGACUUCAAAGGGUUGUAACUUCUAAUACAAGUCGAGAGUGUGCUGGUAAUGAUUUCACACAGGCUUUGGCUGAAUCAUGUGCUACUGACUUUAAAAGACAAUGGCGCAUGGAUAUCACUGAUAAUAAAAGGGCUAUGGGUAAACUCUAUAAUGCCUGUGAAACGGGUAAACAUGUUCUCUCGACAAUCAACUCAGCAAGUAUAUCGGUAGACUCACUCUAUGAAGGAGUUGACUUCCAUAGUAAUGUAUCCAGGGCCAAGUUUGAAUCCAUAAUAAAUGUACCUCUUCAGAGAUGUUUGCAGGUUAUUCAAACAACACUCCAAGAAAAUGGUAUGAGUGCAGCUGAUAUACAUAAGGUUAUUGUUAUAGGAGGAUCAACUCGCAUUCCAAAGCUUCAGAAUCUUUUGAAAGAUAGAUUCCCAGAAUCAGAACUUCUCUCAUCCAUUUCACCAGACGAGGUGGUAGCAAUCGGUGCUGCAGUACAGGCUGCUUUGUUGUCGAGUAGAGAAGGUAGUUUAUCAUGUAGUCCAUCUGACUUACAAACACCAUGUACAGCAAAGUCAAUAUUCAUUAAGGUUGUUGACGAAGCUGGAUCAUCCCUUCUUCAUCCUAUCGUGCCCAAACAUAGUUACAUCCCUCUCAGGCAGCAACAUUAUUUUACUGUCCCCAAAGACCAAGACUCUUUAUCACUUCAACUUGUGGAAGGAGAGCCUACCAGCUUUUUAGAUGAAACAACAAAAUUAGGAAAAAUAAUUCUUAGAGAUCUUGUGUCUGAAGAACCACAAGAAGGCAAGGUCACUUUAGAUCUUCAUUUGAAAAGGGAUGGAACUCUUGAAGUCACAUGUAGUGAGAGCGUUUCAGGAAGCAUGGAUAGCCUUGUGAUAUCACCUUCUAUCAAGAACACUUAAACACUAACACUCUGACUGUCUUCAAUUUAUAUUGGAGAGUACUGCUUGCUGAUCUACAUUGUAAACUUGUGAAGAUCAUAUGGAUAGCGAUAUGUGACAUGGGUUUAACAUGUCAUAGAAUGUGUGAGACUUGUGCUGCUUUAGAUCUUAUCAAUUCUACAUGCUGGCAGGAAUUUGUCCAUUAGUUGGAGCUCAGCCCUAGAAUGCAUUAAUGUAAACUCUCCUGAUAACUAACACAAUCACCAACUGUGG